AUGCAGGGACGAUCAAGCUUGGAAAGUAACUCUGACAGCGGGUCCGCGCCCGGCUCAGACGACUACGGCUCUGGGCGCAGUAUACCUGGUUCCGACUCAGACUACACUGAGCCUGGCACACCCGUCGAUCUUCACCAUCCCGUCGAGGUGGCCCUCUACUCGCCCAGCCGCUCUUUGGACGAGGACCAAGGGUAUGCCGUGACUCUCCCAAAAUCUAUAUCUCGCGAGGACUACUCCCGGCGCUCCCUGGCGAUCUCUCCCUCCUCUGGUCCCACUUCCGCCGACAUAAUGCCUCAAUUUCUCAAACUCAUCAGGAGCCCAGACCUUUGCGAAGGAGACGAAUACCGGCUUUCCAAAUACUUCACUCAGAUUCGGAACCUUCAGCUGGAGUGGCAGAAUGCCGGUUGCGAAGGCUGGGUGACGAAGGACAUUACAGACGGUAUGAAUGAGCAGCUGUAUGAGCUCAUGCAGAAGAAAGUGGAUGCGAGCUGGCAGUGGGAGUUGGGCGAGGGAGAGUACCGUCGUUGGUUGCUAUUCAUACGAUGUAUGAGGAUCGACUUCUGGCCGAAGCUGGAGGACAUGGCGUACUCUAUGACGAAGCGCUUCGGCAACGUGUUCAAAGAGAGCGAAUUAGACCCCAUUCACUCUACGUUGACCAUUCCGUCCGACAUGGUUGUCAAAGCCCCGGACGUGCACUUCCGCUUCAGGUACAACGCUGUGGUCAAGGAAGCCGGCGGCGACACGGCCUCAACGCCCUUCUUCUGU